UUUAGCACGUGUUUAGAGACCGCAGUCAAUAAUCAGUGAAACAUGAAAGCGACUGGACCUUGUUCACUCAGUUAGUCAUUAGGUUUGCUGCUUAUCACUAAUACACAGGCACCAGUCUGUUCUGCUACAGAGUUUUAAAUGCCUGCGUUAAAGUUUAGUGCUAACAUUUCAUGGCUCUUCACGGAACUCCCGGAGUUCACGCAACGGCUGCGCGCCGCCGCGUCGGCGGGAUUUCGAGCGGUCGAGGCGGCGUGGCUCUACGACUCGGACCUCACGGAGCUAAAGAGAGUUAAAGAUGAAACGGGGCUCGAGAUUGCGCUCAUAAACACACCCCCGGGAGAUUUAAAGAAUGGAGAUUUGGGGUUGGGUGCUGUUCCCGGGAGAGAGCAGGAAUUCAGACGAGGUUUGGAUCUGGCUGUACGUUACGCCAAAGCCCUGGACUGCAGAAGGAUCCACUUGAUGGCGGGGAGAGUGCCUGCGGGGGCGGAUCGCUCCGCUGUUGCCAUGGAGAUGGAGGACACUUUCGUGCAGAACCUGAAACAUGCGGCAGGUGUCCUCUCAAAGGAAAGAAUUAUUGGCUUGAUUGAACCAAUUAACACCCGCAUAACAGAUGCAAGAUAUUUCCUGGACUCCCCUCAUCAAGCUGCUGUGAUUCUACAGAGAGUCGGUCACCCCAACAUCAAAUUGCAAAUGGACAUCUACCAUUGGCAGAUCAUGGAUGGCAACUUAACACAAAACAUACAGAAAUAUUUACCAUUGACAGGUCACAUCCAGAUCGCUCAAGUCCCUGACCGUCACGAACCAGACAGUGAUGGAGAGGUGAAUUUCUCUUACCUCUUUACACUUCUGGAGGAACUGGGCUAUCGGGAUUAUAUCGGCUGUGAAUAUAAACCACAGCGCUCUACAGAAGCGGGUCUGGACUGGGUGAGAAGAUACUGGAACAGCCACAAGGACUAAUCUCACUUUGAAGUUCUUUUAAAGUUUCACGCUAAACGUUUGUGUUUUUCAAUUGACACCUUGUAUGAAAAUU